AAUAUUUGAUAGGAUGAAUCAUUGAUCCGGUUAGAAAACCGGAAGGAGAAUAAUUUCAAAGUUGUUUCUGUUUCCAAACAUCCAUCUCUCUCUGGCAUGAUCACAAUCCAAAGCUCUCCCAUUCCCUUCUAUUUCCCUUACUGCUUGUAUUUCGAGCUUCGAUCUCUUUCUUUUUCCCCCUUCUCUCGUUAACCCUAACUCACUUGUUCCCAACCCUCUUCCCCAUUCUUUCCAAAUAUAAAAAUCCUCUCACUCCCAACUCCGAUUAACCACCGGUUUUUUCGUACCGAAGUUAUUGAUCAAUUAAGUUUCUUAAGGUGAACCAAACAAGGGUUUUACUUUCUUUAACUUUUGGUUCGUUGGAGAAGAGAAAAAUCUUAUUCUUGGGUGACUAGGAAUAUGAAUACGAGCAAAAAUAAUAGUAAGAGUAAAUUCAAGCAGAAGCAAAACAAAGUUGAGCUGCUUCUUCUAAUACUUUAUGUAAUUGGCUUCUACAUCUUUUGCAUCCACCGCUCUCUUCAGCUUUCUCGGGAUCAUUUCUCCAAACUCCGUGGCUUGCAUAUCGGAUGGCUUUUCUCUCCUCCUCGCCUCAAUGAUGCUUCUGAUGACCAAUGGAGAAAUUUCCGAACAAACUUACCCAUUCUUAGCCUUGUUUUUGGAAUAUUUACCUUGCUUGCUAAUAUCUUCAGGAAAUUAUUCCAUUUGAGAGCCAGAGGGAUGUCCUUUUUUUGGCUUUUCCUUUCUCUCAUUUACCUUUCUUAUCUUCACGGAGCUUGCAUCCUUUUUAUCUUUUUAAUUGCUUCAUCAAACUUUCUCCUAGUAAAGAUAUUUGCACGUGCAAAGUACUUCACGUUUCUACUUUGGAUUUUCAACCUAGGUUUUCUUUUUUGCAACCGUAUUUAUCAAGGAUACUCAUUCUCUAUAUUUGGCAGGGAAUACUGGGAGUAUUUGGACAAUUUUCGAGGCACAUUUAGAUGGCACAUUUGCUUUAACUUAGUUGUUUUGCGCAUGAUAAGCUUUGGCUAUGAUUACCAUUGGGCCCAUCAAGAAUCUCGUUUUGAUCAAGAGAAGCAUAUCCAAAGAUGCCAUGUUUGUAAAUCAGGAAAAAACUGUUAUCAAAUUCUACAGGAGAGAAAUGCCCAUAUCAAUGAUUAUUCCUUUACAACAUACCUCAGUUAUCUGGUGUUUGCACCGCUUUACAUUGCAGGGCCAAUCAUAAGUUUUAAUUCAUUUGCCUCCCAGCUAGAUGUGCCACAAAAUCAUUACUCAAUCAAAGAGGUGAUUUGGUAUGGGUUACGCUGGGUAUUUGGUCUGUGUCUCAUGGAACUAAUGACUCAUCUGUUUUAUUUUAAUGCCUUUGCUACUAGUGCUUCAUGGAAAAUGUUAUCUCCUAUGGACAUAUUCAUCAUUGGAUAUGGGGUCAUAAAUUUCAUGUGGUUAAAGUUUUUCCUUAUCUGGCGCUUUUUUCGGUUUUGUUCCCUGAUAGCUGGAAUUGAGGCCCCUGAAAACAUGCCAAAGUGUGUCAAUAAUUGUCAUGACUUGGAAAGUUUUUGGAAAAGUUGGCAUGCAUCCUUCAACAAGUGGAUUGUGAGGUACAUGUAUAUUCCUCUUGGCGGAUCUCAAAGAAAGCUACUCAACAUAUGGGUUAUAUUCACAUUUGUUGCUGUAUGGCAUGAUUUAGAAUGGAAACUUCUUUCAUGGGCAUGGCUCACAUGUUUAUUCUUUGUUCCUGAAUUGUUGGUGAAGUCAGCAACAAAUGCAUUCCAGGCCAAGGGUGCUUUGGACGGAUUUAUUUUUCGCGAACUUAGAGCAGCUGGUGGUACCAUCACAAUCACAUGUCUCAUGGUUGCUAACCUUGUUGGCUAUGUUAUUGGUCCGUCAGGCUUUAGUUGGUUGAUUUCUCAGUUCCUAAGCAAAGAAGGACUUAAUGUCUUUGGUUUUAUGCUGCUGACAUUUUAUGUGGGAACUAAGCUUAUGUUUCAUAUAAGUGAUGCCAAGCAAAGUAUGCAAUGAAGUUCUUUUCUGGUGUGCAUGAUGCAUCCAUAUUUGGUGCCUUGAUCUGGAUCAAAAACUUUUGUAUGAAAGGCCAAAUGAUACUUCUGCACACUGAUACCCUGCAGGCUGCUCAGCUGCUUGAACUGUAAUGUGACAAUAACAGUUUCAGCAAGAGUCUAUUUUACAAAAACAACAAUCAUCCUUGGAAUGGUGCAAUGAGACUACCUAGCAGUAAGCAUCAAUUUUCAGGUAGUUGACACUGCCCUUCAUUUACUUCUAAUUUCAGUUAUCAUAGGCAAUUAAAUGAAAGUGGGAUCUUUUACAUUUAUGUAAAGCGUCCAUCCUAUUCUUGGAUUCGCAAUGGCCAAUAAGCCAAACGGUUUUAAGUAGUUAGCACUUAGAACAACUCAAGCAACAUCCAUGUUUAAGAUGAUAGAGCUGUAAGGUAUUUGGCAUUCAUAUAUGUUUAAAGUCUUGCAAUAGGUAUUGUACCAUUGGAUUUUAGAUGAAAGUGACGUUUUUGUAUGAUGUUAGUGUGAACAAGUAAUGUAGUAGAGCACAUGUGUGAUUUUUCUUUCUAUACUAUAUGAAAAUUUGUGUUUUCUA